AUGUUUGAGUCUUUGUCAGGUGCCCGACUGGACACUGGAGAAGAGGAGAAGGAGAACAGGCUUUGCGAUGUGGCCGGGCGGGACACAGCUCAGAGGGCGUUCUAUCCGGGCUGGGUGCCUGGUGGACACAGCCCUCAGUCUUUGCCCCUCGCAGACGCGGAGCUGAGCGCCCAGCUGAGUCGGCGGCUGGAUAUUAACGAGGGCGCCGCACGACCCCGGCGCUGCAGGGUCUUCAACCCCUACACAGAGUUCCCAGAGUUCAGCCGCCGCCUCAUCAAGGACCUGGAGAGCAUGUUCAAACUGUAUGACGCUGGGCGGGAUGGCUACCUGAGGGUUCAGAGGAAACAGCUCUGGGAAGGGACCCGUGAGGAGAGCUUUCCCUCAUGUUUCCAGUUCAUGGAACCCGUCCGUAAACUGUCAUCUCCACUCUGGAUCCCUGAAGUCUGCUGGUUCGAUCUUUCCCACCCCUGUGUCCCCAUCCCCUUGACCUCCAACCUAUUCUUGGGGGGCCUGGACUCCUUCAAGAGGCCUGUCUUCUUUCAAAUCAGCGUUCAGGCUCUGAUAAUCCGCAGCAAACUGAGUCUCUGCCGGCCUCUAUUCCUGCUCAUUUUCCACAAGGCCGCGGCAGGGGAGCUGCAGGAGGACAGUGGGCUCAUGGCGCUGGCAAAGCUCUCCGAGAUCAAUGUGGCCCUGGAGGGUGUCAAAGGUGCCAAGAACUUCUUUGAAGCCAAGGUCCAAGCCUUGUCAUUGGCCAGUAAGUUUGAAGCAGAGUUGAAAGCUGAGCAAGAUGAGCGGAAGCGGGAGGAGGAGGAGAGGCGGCUUCGCCAGGCGGCCUUCCAGGAGCUCAAGGCCAACUUCAGUACAUAGUCCUGCUGACCUUGCCCUCUGCCCACAGCUGUGCCUCACAGAUGCCCCAGGAAGAGAUGACAGGCAUCUUCAUCACUGCUGCCAGUCCCCUCCUGAGCCAGCAUCUCCACCCAUCACCCUGUGCCAGCUCCCAUGCCAGCCUUCAUUCCUCCCAGUGUCCAAGCCCCUCCGGGGGUCCUGGGGUGGGCCAGAUGCCUGCCCACCUCUGUCUCCGGCCUCUGCUCCUCCACCCUACCCGUAGCCAGAACUUGUAUCUUCUCAGCGACCUUCACUUCGUCCUUGUCCCUUUACCAUUCCACAUCAAAGAGUAGUCUCUGUCAAUUUGUAAAGAUAUGUCUGUCUUUUUGGGUCCUCAGAGAAAAUGCCCAUUUUCAAGAGGAAUUCUCUGCACUCCUCUGCUUCCCAUCCAGCUUGCCUGUUCUCAUCUUUGGUAGGAUUCUGCCAGUUGCUUUUACAUCUUCUGUUCCUGGGUAAUGGUGGGUCUUAAUGGAGGCUGGGUGGACCACUGCCCAUUCACUCUUCAACAGGAGGAACAGCACGCCGCCACGGUGACACACAUUAGAGAAAGGACAGAGGUCUGCUCCUUCCUGCCACCUUUCUCCUGGCCCCUUAGCAUUCCCCCAGUCCCUCCCUCUUCACCCUGCUCGUCUGUGUCUUCCCAGUUCAGCCUUUUUCCCACUCUUAAAUACUGUGCUACUUCACUGUAAGAAUGAAAGAACAGUUAGGAUACCAAUGAGUAAAAGGGUUCCUGGUCACUCUGACUCUGUGCAAAUUGUAUUAUAGUAGACCCCUGACAUUCCCAAGUGACAGAUCCAGGGCCUUUCAAACAUCCCCAAAGUCGUGGCCAUGCUCACCAUUAGCCAGUUUCUAACAUCUGUUUCAGGGUAUCGAGCUGUAGAUGUUCUUACCCCCCAUACUUGUGAGUUCUUGGGGUUGCUCACAAAUACUAAGGGUUGUGUUGUAUUUUUAACAAAUAUAUCCUGUUGUCAUAUUUAUUCUCUUUUGUAACUGCUGUCUUUACAAUAAAGAAAUCACCUGCCUUUCUA